CUUGACUGAUGGCCGGUGACUGACGACAGGUGAAGUCGACAGCAGACGCGCAUCACACAUGCUAGACCGCCGUUGCAGCAGAACCCUCUGUUAAGCAUACCCGCACGGAAGCCGCCGACCUGCAAGCCAAGCAGCAGCGUUGAGCCCCAGGCAGCACCGGGCGACGACCGCCGUUGCACCAUUACGCCCGCGCGCUCGCCGUGACGAUAUCGCGCCUUCCUCGACGCCGCGCCACUGCCGCCGGACCUCCGACGCCACAGCAGGAGCACCGCGAUGGACCCGCUCGGUAGUCCGCCGUACAGUUUCCGCCCAGCAUCCGCCAUGGCCGCCAGCCGCUUCGACGAGGGCUACUCCGAGGACACACGCAGCCAGAAUGAGACAGACAUGAUCAUGGGCGCCGGCGACAGCGGCAUGGAGCCCGGCGUGGACCCUGACGCGCUGCGCUUCAGCCUGCCCGACUGGAUGCUGGGGCUGGACGAGCAGCAGCGCAGCGAAAUCGCCUACGCCAUCCUGCGCACGCUGCGGACCGCCUCCAUCGCCGGCAUCGUCGAGAAGCUGAACCCGCUGCUGCACCUCGACCCGGUCAUGUAUCUGCCGCCCGAGAUCACCUUCCAGAUCCUGUCAUACCUCGAGCCGCAGACGCUGCUGCAGGCGUCGACGCUGUCGCGCGCAUGGCGCAUCCGUGUCAUGGACAGCCCGCUGUGGCGCCUGCUGUUCCGUCUCGAGGGCUGGAAUGCCAACUUCGCCCAGGUCCACGAGUACGAGGAGACCGAGCGCCAGCGCCGCACCAGCUUCCGCGAGAAGGAGCGUAAGACGCGUCCGAGGGCCGCCGAGGAUAUGGACCUGGAUAAGCCGUCGUCCAAGCGACGCGUGCGCGGCGAGCGCCAGCUCUUCGGCGACGGGUUGCCCCGAGAGAACAGCUGGGGCGAGCAGCACGGCACAGUCGAGGCUGACGACGGCUCGUCGGCCAGAGCAGACGACCAGAUGGAGGGCGUCGUGACGGCGCAGACACAACCGGCACAGGAGCGGAAAAACUCGCCCACCCAGCCCGAAAGUGCUCCAUCGACAGAAGCUGCUACAUCUCGCGUCGAGUUGUCGCUGCUCCUGCCAGGUUCUGAGCCCAAGAUCAACUGGCAAUACUUGUACAAGCAGAAGAAGCGACUCGAGGACAAUUGGAAUGCCGGCCGGUACCACAACUUCCAACUGCCCCACCCCAACCACCCCACCGAAGCGCACACCGAGUGCGUGUAUUCGAUACAAUACUCAGGAAAGUACCUAGUCAGUGGCAGCAGAGACCGGAGUAUCAGGAUCUGGAACCUCGACACACAACGCCUAGUGCGCAAACCGCUGCUAGGCCAUGCUGCCUCUGUGCUUUGCUUGCAGUUCGAUGACCGGCCUGAACACGACAUUGUGGCGUCUGGAGGGAGCGACUGCAAAGUUAUCAUCUGGCGCUUUUCGACUGGGCAGAUCAUCAAAGAGAUCGAGAAAGCACAUUCAGAAUCAGUCCUGAAUCUGCGCUUUGAUGAUCGAUACCUCGUCACGUGCUCGAAAGACAAGACAAUCAAGGUCUGGAAUCGAAAAGAAAUGCUACCCAGCGACGAUGCAUAUCCCUCAUCAACUACAAAGGGCACAGCACGCUUCCCAGAGUACAUCAUCAACAUGCAGGCAAUAGCCGAGAACAAUAGUUUGCGCUUCACACCUCUGAGGCCUUACAAUCUGAUUAUGACCCUGGGAGGACAUGGUGCGGCCGUCAACGCAAUACAGAUCCUUGACGGACAGAUUGUUUCUGCUUCAGGAGACCGGACCGUCAAGGUAUGGGACGUGCGGACUGGCGCAUGCAUCCGGACUUUUUCAGGACAUAGCAAGGGUAUUGCAUGCGUGCAAUUUGACGGACGAAGAAUUGUUAGUGGCAGCUCCGACGAAACCAUCCGCAUUUUCGACCGAGCAACAGGAGCUGAAGUAGCUUGCCUGAAAGGGCACACUAACCUUGUGCGCACUGUGCAAGCUCAGUUCGGUGACCUCCCCGGCAAUGAGGAAGAGCUUGAAGCCGAAGCACGAGCUGUGGACCGUAAGUUUUUCGAAGCACAGAACAGGGGCCAGGUCGAGCAGAGGCUCUCUAGAGCGCAGCGACAAGCACGCAACGCUGGCUCCCGGGACCCGAACUCUAUUUUUGCGUAUGGGGCAAAGCUACCACCGGGUGGUGGAGGCAGCAAAUGGGCCCGAAUUGUCUCGGGCUCCUACGACGAGACGGUCAUCAUUUGGAAAAAAGGGGCGGACGGUGCUUGGGAGAAGUCGAAACUUCUGCACCAGAAUGACGCGGUCAGGGGCGCAGGCGGUCAACCCAGGAGGGCCGCCAGCCAGGCUCCUGCUGCAGGUGCCCAGGGCAAUCAGGCUGCCGGACAGCACCAAGCAGGCCCAGCAGCUGGGCCGCAGAACAACUUCCAGGCCCUGGCACAACAGGCUCAAGCUCAGGCUCAAGCAGCCCAGAACCUCGCUCAGCAGGCACAGGCGCUCCAUGUAGCCUCACAAGCAAUGCACGGCACUGGCACGGCCAACGCUGCCAGCGCCGGUAAUCCACGACCACCCACAACCACCACAACUGCCCCCGUUGGCAAUCCUAACGCCGGCCCUGCUAACCAACCUGUCCAACCUGCACCCGCACAAGGCGCCCCCGCAAAUCAACCGCACCAACACUUUUUUGGCAACCCAGCACACCACCACCAUCCGCCCGGCACCGUCGUCCUCCCCAACCAGGGCACCAACUCGCGUGUCUUCAAACUGCAGUUCGAUGCCCGUCGCAUCGUGUGCUGCAGUCAGGAUCCCACCAUAGUGGGCUGGGAUUUUGCAAACGGCGACGCUGAUAUUGAGCGCGCGAGCCAGUUCUUCGGUGCAUCGUUUUGAGACAAGCGUUGCGAGAGCGGGCUGUGUGGAGCUUCUAGAAGGUGUCCGAAGCACGCUAUCUGUAGAUCGCUGAGUACCUACUACUGGCUAGCUAGGCGGGCUUUCCGCGACGUGCCGGCUGGUGACGCAGAAGGGGGGGCUUUUGAAAUGUCGGAGAGCGUUGGAGCGGAUCAGGAUGUUCCGCUUCCCGGUGUAGAUUC